AUGUCCUCCUCGGUCUUUCGCUCUACUCUUUGCAGACGGAUACUUCAGGGAAACUUAGUUAGGAUUUUUCCGGUGGUGCCACUAACUUCCAAAACUAGUGAAAAACUUUAUCCACCAACGUUAAAUGAAGUAGAAAAAGAGUACCCCACACAUAUUGUAAAUAUUGUGGACCAAAUUGCCGCUUUGACACUGUUGGAGGUUGCAGAUUUGAACGAAUUGUUAGCCAAACGACUUAAUAUAAAGGCACCAUCUCAUAGCAUGGCUUUCAUGCCGCCUCAACCAACUGCGCAAGCCAGUAAUGAGGACUCAGAUCAGGCCGACCAAGCCUCUAGAAAAACCUCCUACACUCUGAAUUUAGUUAAAUUUGAUGCAAAAAAGAAAGUGGACCUGAUCAAGGAGAUAAGGAACGUCGUCCCGGAUCUAAAUCUUGUUCAGGCAAAGAAACUUGUUGAGGCUGCUCCGUGCGUGUUGAAGAAGGACCUCAGCAAAGACGAGGCGGAGAGCACAAAGAAGCUUCUCGAGGCUUGUGGAGCCAGUAUCGAACUCGACUGA